GCCGUGCCCCAGGGCAGAGGGGACCCCCCAGCACGGCCCCCCAUCUCCGGCGUGAUGGCUGCGGAGGGGCCCCCAGGCCCCUCGCCCCGCACCCCCAGCGCCGCCGCCCUCCGCAGGGAGGCUGCUCCGCCGGCGGUGGAGGCAGAGACCCCGCGGGACCCGUCACGAACCCCGGGCGGCGCAGCCACACGCCAGGGUGAGAGCUGCUGCUCAGAGGAGUUCGUCCUCAACCGCACCUUCGCCGUCUGUGACCCCGAGCAGACAGGGACGGUGCUGGCAGGGCAGGUGGUCGAGUACCUGCAGGCGCUGACGGGGCAGAGCGGCGAGGAGGGCCAGCUGCGAGCACUACACCACAUGCUGGACCCCGAAGCGGCCGGCGCGGCGCUGGACUUGCCCACCUUCCACGCCAUCAUGAGGGAGUGGAUCGCAUCAUGCCAGCAAGAGGGGGGCUCGCGGCUCGCCGAGGAGCAGGAUGCAGCAUCAGGCGACCUCAGCUUAGUGCUGGCGGUUGGGGAAGGACGCACGGCCCUGGCCGCCGCACAGCUCGAGGGCGAUGGCGGCAACAUGGACAUCAUGAGCCUCACAUCCCAACCCCCCCACAGCACCGAAGCCGCCGGCCUGCGCAGCCGUGCAGAGCAGCUGGCCACCCAGAACGCCAAGCUGCAGCAGGACGCCGAGUCGGCUGAGGAGCUCAACGCCUGCCUGGCUGAGGAGACGGCGCAGCUGAAGGCUCAGCUGCGAUGCAGCAGCCAGCAGGCACUGGAGCAGGCCAGAGCUGCUGCCGAGGAGCUGGAGGACCUGAAGGCCGUGACGAAGGGGCUAGAGGAGGAGAACAGUGAGCUGCGCCGGCAGGCACGCCAGCUGGAAAAGGAGCAGAGGCACCUGUGUUUGCAAGCCAAUAGCCUGCAGGAGGAGAACCAGCAGCUGCUCGCCGAGGGCCACGGGCUGAGGGAGCGGAUCCAGGCGCUGUCAGCUGAGACAGACAACCUGGAGGCCCAGCUCUGCCGCUGCACAGCGCUCCUCUCCUCACAGGACACGGCCCUCACCCAGUCGGGGAAGCAAGUGGAGGAGCUGAUGCUGGUGCUGCAGGAGUACAAAAGAGCAGUGCAGGAGCUGCAGCUGGAGACGACGCAGCUCCGCAACCAGAUGGGCCAGAUGCAGGACGCCUGGGCCAUGCAGCCGUGGUGCCCACCGGGUGAGGCAGGCGACGUCCCGGCACAGCCGCUCGGCGCCGAGAUCGAGGCAACGUGCUGGGUAAGGACGGGUGACGGGGGAGCCCUGGGCAGGGCCACCCCGGCUGCUGACCCCCCAGCCCACGGGAAUGCCCAGGAGACGGGGGACACAGAGGAAGAGGAGGAGAUGGAGGAGGAGGGGACAGCAGCGCCUGCGGCCCCGCGGGGGGACAGCGAGGAGCCGGCCAAGCCCCCGCAGUGCCCGUGCCCCAGAGAGAGGCUGACGCUGCUGCAGGUGCUGCUGGUGCUACUGGUGCUGCUGGGGCUGCUCUGCCUCCUGCCCCACCGCUGGCUGCAGCUGCCCCAUGGCGGGGCCGCCUGGCCCCAGCUCCACCUCUGCUACUGGAGACCCCCACCCCAAUGAAGACUGGUUGGGCAUGACA